UCAGCUCCUUAAAGUUUAUGAUCAUUUCUGUUUAGGUUCGAAUAAUCCCAUUACAGCUCCAACGGUUGUUUGCUCAGCUUUUGCUCCUAGAUCAACAUGCUGCAUCUACAACAGACCUCACUGACAGCUUUGGAUGGAAUAGUAAUGAGGAAAUGAGACAACAUGAUGUGCAGGAGUUAAAUCGGAUUCUAUUCAGUGCUUUAGAAACCUCCCUUGUUGGGACCUCUGGUCAUAAUCUAAUAAACCAGCUAUACCAUGGGACUGUUGUUAAUCACAUUGUCUGUAAAGAGUGCAAGAAUGUCAGUGAGAGACAGGAAGAUUUCUUGGACCUAACAGUUGCUGUCAAGGAUGUAUCUGGCUUGGAGGAAGCCUUGUGGAAUAUGUAUGUGGAAGAAGAACAUUUUGAGAAAGAUAACUUGUAUCGAUGUGGAGCAUGCAAUAAAUUAGUUGAAGCCACAAAGUCUGCGAAACUACGCAAGUUGCCUCCGUUUCUCACAAUCUCCCUCUUGAGAUUUAACUUCAAUUUUGAGAAGUGUGAACGAUACAAGGAAAUAAGCAGCUAUGCAUUUCCAGUCCGGAUAAACCUCAAGCCUUUUUGUGAGCAGACGGAAGUGGAUGAUUUCAAAUACAUGUAUGAGCUCUUUUCUGUUAUAAUACACAAAGGUGGCUGUUAUGGAGGACAUUAUCAUGUUUACAUCAGAGAUAUCGAUGAACUAGGAAACUGGCAGGUGCUAGAGGAGGAAAGCAACAUGAAUGAUGAAGAUAAGGAUUUGAAAGAUAUUGAAAAUGCAAAAGAGAAGGAAAAUCCAUUACGAAUUUUAAGAAACAUCUUAUUGGAGGAAGAGUCUAAGGAAAUUGCUGUGGAUCGGUUGGCACAGAAACUUUUGGAGAAAAAAAGUGUGUCCUGGAACAAGAAAUACCGUAAACAGCAUGGACCAAUACGGAAGUUUUUGCAGAGUCAUUAUCCAACAUUUGUUCUAAGUUCUGAUGAAAGCAAAGUUAAGCUGAAUGAUCAUCAUAAACUCCAUUUUGGAUCAGCAUCCCAAAGCAACCCUCAGAACCAUGAGGUAAAGAUGUCAUCAGAAAAAGCAACAACAGGUUUACAGGAAUAUUCAUCUGAAUCCCAUUGGUUUGAUUUGAAUGACUCCAAAGUCCAUCCAAUCAGAGAGCAAGAGAUUGAGAAACAGUUUCAGGGGAAUGAGAGUGCCUACAUGUUGUUCUAUCGACAAUCCCAAAUGACAAGACCAUCUGAAGCUCGAGGAAAUCCAAGAUACCGGGUCCCCAUCCAUCUCUUGAAUGAAAUGGAUGCCGCUAAUAUCAAACUGCAGAAGAAGAGGGAAGAAUAUGACUUGGCAAACAACAAUAUUGAUUUACAUCUCCAUAUAUUUUCUCACUAUAAAUUUUACAAUGGAGCUCUGCACCCAGUUGUUUCUCAGAAGGAAAGUGUUCUAGAUCUUACAAUUGAUAAGAGAAAAACACUGGGAGAACUUCAGCAAUUGGUAUUUCAGUUGUUGGAAUUUUGGGAAGGAAACCUAGUUCUCAGCCUUGCAAAGCCUCUUCCAGCUGGACUGCAUAUAUACCAAACACUUGAAGGGGAUAAUUCUACGUUGAGUGGCAUUGGACUUUCUGAUGGAGCGAAUAUAUUUGUGUGGAAUGGAAAAGAGGUUGAUGGAGUGGAAGUUCUCACUGGCAUUGACCAUGAACCUGUUCUUAUAAACAUUCUUCGUUUAGCUGGACAUAAUGAAGGACGAGUGGGACAGCAAUUUAUGGAAUCCCAGCAUGUAUUUCCAUGUAGUUCAAACCUGAGAGCUAUUUGUGAUGCUUUAAUGUCACCCAAAGGGAUUGUCUUAAAGAACCAUUCGGGGUCUGAGAAAGACUCUGAAAACUGGAAAGUCAUUCCUGAAGAAGAUAUGAAACAGACGCUCAGAAAUAUUGGGCUCAAGAAUGGAAGCUCAAUCCUAGUUUUAGACAGCCAUGACCAAAGCAUGGUGAAUGUGGCAGGCGGCAAUUUGACUGCUUUUACGCAUGAUAUCAGCUGGUUACAAGUAAAAAAUUUCUGUAGAUUGGAGGCUGAAGAGAUACAAGUUAAAAUUACUGCAACUAUUGAAACAGUGAUGGCAGACAUCAGGAUUAAAGCAAUAGAAGAAAUGCAGUUGGACAAGGAGCUAGUUAACAACAGCUGUCUCAGGCCCAUUAGCAGAAAUGGAAAACUUCUUUGUCCAGUGCCUGAGGAUUAUACUGUUAAAGAAGCAGAGCUGAAAAUGGGAAGCCUUCUAGGACUGUGUUCUGGAAAAGCACCAACAGCCACUGAGCUUUUUCUGUAUUAUAUUGUGGGCCAUGAGCUUCAGUCUAGUCCAGAGAUGGAGAUAGUGGUGGAGGAGACUACAGCCGUAAGAGAGUGUUUAAAUUUAAUGCUGAGGAAGUCUGGCUUAGCUGGGGGCAACUGGCAUUUGAGAAAGAUUGACUGGUGCUAUGAAGCUGGGGAUGCGUUAAGUGAGGAAGAUGCCACACUAAAAGAACUAAAUAUCUGCAGUGGGGAUAUACUGAAUGUGGCUGAGGGGAAGCUUCCGCCAAAGGGUUUCCUGAAAGUGUCUGUCUGGUGGUACAAAGCCUUCUGUCAGUUGAGGCACAAAAGGAACAGGCAAGACCAAGGGAACUCUGUCUGCAAAAAAAUGGAAGCUCUGGGACUGUCUGCAUCUGGAGAUACACCAACAUUUCUACAAAGUGAAGUUGACCUAUGUUAUGUGGGUGAUAUAGAAAUCUCAGGAGACGCUUUCCUGGAAGACCUAAAGAUGCAGGUGAUGACUUUGCCAUUCUCUGAAGAGUUUAGUAUUCCACUACCUGAGUUUCUCCGAGUUUGGACAUUGGAAAAUAAGUGCCCUUGCAGGCUUUUACGAAACAAUAAGCAGCAACUCCAUAAAUUCAAACUAGGAAACAGAGUAGAAAUUUGUGUUGAGCCUUUACACAAGGAAGAGAAUCUUGGACCAAAGGAUUUGCUUCUGCGAGUGCAGAUGGGCAUACCAAGGGAAAGAGAUUAUUACCAUCCUGUGGAUUUGGUAUGGGAUAUCUCCAAAGAGUGUACAGCAUGUGCAUUGAGACAAAUAAUUGCUUCAUACUAUUCAUUACCAGUGGAGCAAAUCGAAAUUGCUAAAUAUUCUCCUGAGAAGUUUGAAUGGAUACCAAUAUGUAGUUGGACACAGCAAGUUUCAAAGCGAAAAAAGAAGAAGAAAGGUGACAGUUUACUAUUAAGCCCCUACAGUCUGAAGGAUGGAGAUAUUAUUGGUGUGAAGAAUCUCCUACUUGAUGACAGUAAAGACUUCAGUACCAUGAAAGAUGAUAUUGGAAAACAAAUGCAGAAGCAAUUUGCUAUGGAAAAAACAAGUAGCCAGAAGCCUGACUGUGUGCAGAAUGAUCAUUACUCUGAAAAAAAGACGGCUAAGAACCGUAAACCUGAAGCAGCACUCUCCAUCAGUGUAGGGGUUUUCAGCUGACUCCCUGGGUCUAAACAAACCUUAUAUUUUACUUAAUAGAAUGGAGUUGCCUCAGUUGGGCUAGCCAAGGAACAGUCUUCCUUGAGACAUGCAAGUGGGGGGGGGGGGGAGCAAGCUCUCUAUCCUAUUGUGGAAAAGUGCUUUAAUUCUAUUAUAGUUCAAGCACUUACUAUCAGGGUGGGUAUCUGCACUUUAAUAAUGAGAACAUAUACGAAUAGCUUAAUCUUUCAGUGGUUGGUUGUAAUAACCAUGUGCUUUAAUCUGAUCAUAUGCAGUAUUAUCACUGCAGUGAUUGCUUUCCCCUCAUGGAUUUAUGUACGUCAAAAUAUUUAUGAAAAUGUAGCCUGAAAAGUUAACAUGCACAGUGAAUUCAGAAGGAAACUUUUGUCACCCAUGGAAGUGACUCUUCAAACAAAAUGUGAGAACUAUUCAUUGAAUUUAAUGCAC